GCAUGCUUCGACACUUCGACACACUAACACAACUUAACACACUAGGUGGUUUGACACUUCCUUACUCUUUCGAACAACCUUCUUCAACACAAAGAAUUACAAUUCAACAUAACUUGGAUCCUUUAUCUCAGCAUUCAGAUCAAGAAAUAUGGGAGGUUAUUCGAAAGUGCCAACUGCAAGAGGUUGUCGAAGAUAAAGGUGGCUUAGAUUCCUCAGUUGUUGAAAAUGGAAGAAACUGGAGCAUUGGACAAAGGCAACUAUUCUCUUUAGGGCGAGCGCUUUUGAGGAAAAGUAGGAUAUUGGUAUUGGAUGAAGCAACUGCAUCAAUUGAUAAUGCAACUGAUUUGAUUCUUCAGAAUACCAUUCGGACAGAGUUUGUUGGUUGUACAGUCAUAACAGUAGCACACAAGAUACCAACUGUCAUGGAUUGCGAUAUGAUUCUUUCCAUAAGUGAUGGAAAAUUGGUUGAGUAUGAUGAACCAUUGAUGUUCAUGAAGAGAGAACGGUCGUAA